AUGCUUACCCCUGUUAUUUUUUGGGCUAAGGCUCUCAUGCAGCAUAUAUGGUCACUAGGCCUAGAUUGGGAUAAUACUCUUCCUAGUGAUAUUAUCGACAGAUGGUCAACUUUUGUCAACGAACUUCCUGAGAUUGAAAAUUUGGAGAUUGGCAGGUACAUAUCUCUGAGUGAUGCGGUUAAUAUUCAGUUGCAUGGAUUUUCAGAUGCAAGUGAACUCGGUUUUGCUGGAUGUGUUUAUCUACGAACUGAGAACCCGCAAGGCAGUAUAUAUGUCAACUUAUUAAUAGCCAAGUCACGUGUGGCACCCCUGAAACGUAUCACGAUUCCUCGCCUUGAACUGUGCGGAGCACAUAUUUUAGCCAAACUGUUACACUACUGUGUUGAUCAACUCUCAGAUCGCUACAAGAUAGAUUCUGUUACCGCUUGGAGUGACUCCACUGUGGCUCUUUCAUGGAUUCACACCCCUUCUCAUCGUUUGAAGUUAUAUGUUGCAAAUCGUGUUGCACAGAUUCAAGAAUUGACCCCUUCCUGCAUAUGGAAACACAUUUCUACUCUUGAAAACCCCGCUGAUGUUGCCUCUAGAGGAUUAACCCCAUCUCUUCUUAUUCAUAACAAGCUCUGGUGGUCUGGACCCACAUGGCUUAAGAGUUCAUCUGAUUCAUGGCCUCAACCAUCGAGUCAUCUUCCCGAAGAGGAACUCCCAGAAAUUAAAACCACAACACUAAAUCUUCUUACGAUAGCUGAAGAUCAAGAUCUGAAGUUUAUCAAUAAAUUCUCUUCAUGGACUAAACUACUUCAUGUCAUGGGCUACGUUUUACGUUUUAUUUCCUGCUUGAAAACUAAGCAAAGGAUUACUCAUUCUCUCACACUUGAAGAGUUAGAAGUAUCGAACAAACGGAUUUGUUGGCUUGUUCAAAGAGAGAGUUUCUCUGAGGAUAUUAAUUCCCUGUCAAAGAAGAAUGUGUGUUCUUCUCGCAUUCAACGCCUUUCACCGUUUAUGGAUGAUGAAGGUUUGUUAAGAGUUGGAGGACGACUGAAACAUUCUGAGUUGCCGUACAGCGCCAAGCAUCAAAUUAUCUUACCAAAGGAUCAUUUUGUUGUAAAUUUGAUAAUUGAUUAUCAUCAUCGCAUCUUUCUUCACUGUGGACCAACACAACUCCAAGCUGUUCUUCGUGAGAAAUAUUGGAUACUUUCUGCUCGUAGUAUCAUACGCUCCAGGAUUUUUAAACGCCUGAGAUGUUUCAGAAUGAAACCUAAGCCAAACACACCAUUGAUGGGAGACUUACCUUCCCCAAGAGUGGUAGCAACCCGACCUUUUAAUGUUACUGGAGUCGACUAUGCCGGACCAUUUACAGUGAAAUUGUAUGUCCUAAAAAGGCUUCAGCCUAUUAAAGUUUAUCUUUGUCUAUUUGUCUGCUUUGCAACGAAAGCCGUACACUUAGAAGUUGUGUCGGAUUUGUCCUCAGAAGCUUAUAUAGCAGCUCUUACACGUUUUAUUUCCAGACGUGGUUCAGUGAAGGAAAUUCAUAGUGAUUGUGGAACCAACUUUGUCGGAGCAGCUGCUGCACUUCACAAAUGUUUUAACAACCUCCUUUGCAAUCCAGUAACUCACCGUUUUGCUGAAGAAAACAACAUUUCUUUCAAAUUUCUGCCUCCACACGCGCCUCAUCAAGGUGGCUUGUGGGAACGAGCUGUUAGGAGUGCUAAGCAUCACCUUCAUAGAGUAAUCGGUGGCCAAAUCCUGACUUAUGAAGAAUUCAUAACUCUCGUGUCACGUGUCGAAGCAAUAUUAAAUUCAAGACCGCUUACCCCUCUCUCUGGAGAUCCGAAUGACUUAGAGUCUCUAACCCCAGGACACUUUUUAACUGGUGGACCUCUGAAAUCCAUGGUUGAACCUCAAUAUGAUGAAACUUCUUGUAACCGCUUGAGGAGAUGGCAAUUAGUUCAGGCAUUCUCUCAACACAUCUGGACUCGAUGGUCCCAAGAGUAUUUGCAUACUCUACAGCAUCACUCUAAGUGGACGAGUAAAACAGAGAACCUCAAGAUUGGUGACCUUGUUGUUAUUCAUGAGCCUAACACUCCUCCCCUACAAUGGAAACUUGCAAGAAUCACCGCAGUAUCUCCAGGAGCAGACGGAAUUGUACGAGUGGUCCAUCUACGCACCGCUACAGGGAACUUCAGUCGGCCAACCGUCAAAGUUUCCCUUCUUCCUACCAAUUAA